AUGAAGACUCCGUUGGUUGUGCCCCGGUUUACAGCGGAGCAUGGGCGCUGCAAAUACUUCAAGGUCCCCGAGGCGCAUCACACGGUGGGAUUGAAGGACACAGACAUGGUGCUCUACGUGGCUUCCAGGUCGAAUUACGGGACGUGGGCUAUCCCGUGUGCGUUCGCAGAGGACGGUCGUCCAAUUGCCGGUGCCCUGCAUAUUAUGCCUUCUUAUACGCUUGGCGUCAUGCACUUUGCUCGCACCACUGCGCAUGCGAUUGCCCAUGCUCUUGGCUUCAGCAUGGAACAGAUGAAGAAGCACGACAUGCUGUUGAACGUGACUGAUGUGCGCGGCGGCAGCUCUCCCGUGACGGUGGUGAAGUCACCUGUUACGCUGAGCAAGGCGAAGCUGCACUACGGCUGCGACACCCUCAAGGGCAUGGAGCUGCGCAAUUAUUAUGAAGGGGCAUAUGUGUGGUCGGUGCGCAAUGCGAAGGACGAGUUGAUGAGUCAGUUUGGUAAAAUAUUCGCUGGCUACUACACUGCACUGACGAUGGCGGCGCUUGAGGACCUCGGCUACUACAAGGCCGUGUGGGGGAUGGAGGAGCCGAUGGCGUGGGGCAACAACUCCGGCUGCGAGUUCCUGGAUAACCCGUGCUCGGAAAAAAUUUCCACCACUUACCCCGACAUGUUCUGCGAUAAAAAAGAUGCGUUGUCGAUUCGCUGCAUGUCCAACCGUCAAGCCAUCGGGGUAUGUACUGUCGAUGCUUCUCUAGCCAGCAGUGGCGAAAAGGAGACGUGCAGUGUUAUUUUACCGCCUCGUUCUGGGGAAAAUCUUUUUUGCACAGAGGAAGGGGACGACACCCUACCAGGGUCCCUCCACGGAAAGGGCUCGUGGUGCCUCGAUGCAGAACCAUUCACGCUCAUGAGUGACACUGCCUCCAAUAGGAAUUUUAUCAUGCACGCGGUGUGUGCGAUGGUGCAGUGCGAGGAGGGCAAGGUGAAGGUGAAAUAUCUUGGCGGGAGUGAUUUUGAGUCGUGCCCCGAAGGGGAAUUUAUCACGCCCAAAUCAGAUCAUUUCAAGGGCGGCAGAAGGGUCAAGUGCCCGAGGUACGAGGAGGUGUGCACCAUCGCCGCCGAUGGCAGCAGCCUCAUCAACCUAAAGAAAGGCGACCACGACAAUGACGGCCACGGCCAUGACGACUACGAAAAUGACGAUAACAAAAAUGAUGGCCACGGCAAUGACGGCCACGGCAAUGACGGCCACGGCAAAGGCGACCACGGCAAAGGCGACCACGGCAAAGACGACCACGGCAAAGACGACCACGAUGGCUGUGCGGCUGCUGUUGUUCUUUCCAGUCUGCUCCUCGCCGUGAUUGCUGCGGUGGUGGUGGCGACGUUGCCGCUUUGA